AGAACACCCAGUUCAACCUUUUUUUUUUUGUUUUACGACAUUUCUCCAUGUCGCUGACAAAAAGCGAGAGAAAACACUGAUGUGAAAAUGUGUUGACAGAAAAAUCAGGUGAAAUCUGAGGCUGCGGGGAUUUUCACGGACAGGUGACGAGGACCUCGUUCGAAUGCUACAAAAGAAAAAAGAAAAGAACAACACUGGCUCAUAUUUCAGCUUGCUGUCAGCCCUGAGGACUCAUCCCGUCACUCAACCUUGCCACCUAGUGGAGCUCUGAUGGUUCCUCUCCCCUCUGGUCAACAAAAAGUCCUACAGACAGCUGCYUCCCUCAUCUGGGGAGAUGCCUGCCCUGCAACUCCUCUGUGUCCUGUUCAGCUUUACAUGCUGAAAAAAAUACAAUAAAACCAGACGCUAUAGAAAGGCUUGGUUCCUUUAGCUCUCAUAGAGUUAAAGUGACACAUUAGUUUGGUUUAGAGUUAUAGUGCCCAUAAACCUAUAAAGUUAUAUUUAAGAACCAAACUACAAAACUCUCACCAAGAGAAGUGGAACGGAAGAAGUUAUUUCAGAUGGAAUCAUCAACGACCGCACUACCAGCAACAACACAAAAUGACACSACGGCAACCCAGAACAAGACUUAUCCCAGUCACAAGUGGGAGUUCCUGGUGGCAGUCCUGGUCACGGCCAUCUCUGUCUCCAUUCUCAUCRCCCUGCUGGCCAAAUGCCAGGUGAUCCGGCGGUACUUGGCCAGCUACAGGCACACGCGGCUGAGGGAGAUAGAAACUGUCAGCCGGUGUGACCCAUCAGGUCUGCAAGUGGAGUUUGACGUGCGCAGGGGACACGGCGUGAACCCUCACUCUUUUCCUUCCAUGAGCGAGGAAGAUGACGAUGGCUUCAUCGAAGACAACUACAUCCCGGCCAGUGAGAGAGCCAGAGCUGCGAGGGCGGCUCAGGACUUGGUCUUCGAGGCAGACACAGAGGAAGAGAUGGAGGAGGUUGAGUUCAGCAUCACUUAGCAUCUCUCAGACAGAAACCACCAAUUCCACUCCAGAUCCAGACUCUGACUUCUUCAUCAUUCUUCUUUAGAGUGAAGAAACAUGCAACCAAAAUAUCUGCACUGCUGAGAUUCAUGUUAUCUGGUGAAACUAUUUCAGAUUGAUGCUAACACACACUGUUGCAGUGAACUUUAUAUACCCCUAACAAAAUAAUCUACAAGUCCUGGAGCCUUAUUAAAAAAACUAGCUUAUGUUAUAUAUUUUUACAGAAAACACAUCUAUGCACCUAUAGUGACUGAUCAAACAUCAAA